AUGGAAUCAACGAGCAUCUCACCAAAGCAUGCAGCGCUUCAAUGCCACCAAGACGACCAGGCCCUUAUAAGAGCUGCAGUCACUGGUGGUCCGAGGACAUUGCGGAAUUGUGCCGAACGGCGGUCUUCUCCCACUGCAGACGGAGGUACCAAGCAAAAAUCUGGAGAAAUGGACCAAAUGGUAGCCGUGAUGCAAGGAUUGAGUAUACUACGGUGA